AACGAGAAGACUAAUGCAGGCUUAAUGAAGGCGUUAUCAGAUAUGUACGAGAAGCCGUCGGCAGCCAACAAAGUAUACUUGAUGCGCCGGUUGUUCAACCUCAAGAUGGGAGAAGUUAGUAGUUCUACAAGGGAGAACACAUUAAAGCUUAGUGACAUCCGUGACUUGAUCUUAAGCAAAGAUGUUUGCAAGAGAGAUUCAGGAGAAUUUUCCAGUCAUGUUUCCAAUUCAGCAUUGAAUACUGAAGGCAGGGGAAGGACUACCCAGAAGGGUCAGAAUGGUCGAGGCAGAUCAAAGUCAAGAGGGAAAGGUCAGAGAAAAUUUCAAAGUGACAUUACUUGCUGAAAUUGUGACAAGAGAGGUCACUCUAGCAAUCAGUGCAAGACACCAAAGAAGAACAAGUCGCACAA